GGGCUGGGCGGAUGCGCGGGGACGGCCCCGCUGGCGGUGCGUGUGGUCGGCGCGGCCGCGUGCUGAGUCGCCCUAGGUGUAAUGUAGUGUCAGGCGGAACAAAGCCCCGAGCCUCCCUGGAUCUGUGGGCGCCUGACAGCAGCCGAGAAGGAGGCAGAAGACCACAAUGCCAGGUAGUGGUGAUCAGACACGCAGACGGUACUACGUGGGUGUUGACGUUGGCACCGGCAGCGUUCGUGCAGCCCUGGUGGACCAGGAUGGCAUCCUUCUGGCUUUCGCGGACCAGCCCAUCCAGCGAUGGGAACCUCAGUUCAACCACCAUGAGCAGUCCUCUGAGGACAUCUGGGCAGCGUGCUGCAUGGUCACCAAGAAAGUUGUACAAGGGAUUGAUUUAUCCCAGAUCCGAGGACUUGGGUUUGAUGCCACGUGUUCUCUCGUCGUCUUGGACAAGCAGUUUCAUCCAUUGCCUGUAAACCAGGAAGGGGAUUCCCGUCGCAACAUCAUCAUGUGGAUGGACCACCGAGCGGUGAGUCAGGUGAAUAGGAUCAAUGACACCAAGCACGGGGUUCUGCAGUACGUGGGUGGCGUGAUGUCGGUGGAGAUGCAGGCUCCCAAACUUCUGUGGCUCAAAGAGAACUUGAGAGAGAGUUGCUGGGAUAAGGCGGGACAUUUCUUUGAUCUCCCAGACUUCUUAACGUGGAAGGCAACAGGUGUCGUGGCACGGUCUCUCUGUUCCCUGGUGUGCAAAUGGACAUACUCAGCAGAGAACGGCUGGGAUGACAGUUUCUGGAAGAUGAUUGGGCUGGAAGACUUAGUUGCAGAUAACUACAGAAAAAUAGGAAACCAAGUGCUGACUCCAGGAACUUCUCUUGGAAAUGGGCUCACAGCAGAAGCUGCAAAAGACCUUGGCCUUCCCGCUGGCCUUGCCGUGGCAACCUCCCUGAUCGAUGCACACGCGGGAGGACUAGGAGUGAUUGGAGCAGAUGUGAGAGGGCACGGCCUCGCUGGUGAGGGACAGCCAAUGACGUCACGGCUGGCAGUCAUCUGUGGAACAUCUUCUUGUCACAUGGGGAUCAGCAAGGACCCAAUUUUUGUGCCAGGUGUCUGGGGCCCUUAUUUCUCAGCCAUGGUUCCUGGCUUCUGGCUGAGUGAAGGUGGUCAGAGUGUUACUGGGAAGUUGAUAGACCACAUAGUGCAGGGCCAUGCUGCCUUCCCUGAAUUACAAGCCAAGGCCGCUGCCAGAUGCCAGAACGUGUAUGCGUAUUUGAACAGUCACCUGGAUCUGAUUGAGAAGGCUCAGCCUGUGGGUUUCCUCACUGUUGAUUUACAUGUUUGGCCAGAUUUCCAUGGCAACCGGUCUCCCCUUGCAGAUCUGACACUAAAGGGCAUGGUCUCUGGAUUGCAGCUGUCGCAGGACCUGGACGAUCUUGCUGUUCUCUACCUGGCCACAGUUCAAGCCAUUGCCUUUGGGACCCGCCUCAUUGUGGAAGCCAUGGAGACGGCAGGACACUCCAUCCGCACUCUCUUCCUGUGCGGGGGCCUGAGCAAGAAUCCCCUCUUCGUGCAAAUGCAUGCCGACAUCACAGGCCUGCCCGUGGUCCUGUCUCAAGAGGUGGAGUCUGUUCUGGUGGGUGCUGCUAUUCUGGGUGCCUCUGCCUCCGGGGAUUUCGCUUCGGUACAGGAAGCAAUGGCGAGUAUGAGCAAAGUUGGAAAAAUUGUGUUCCCCAGACUUGAGGACAAAAGGUAUUAUGACAAGAAAUACCAAGUGUUCCUGAAGCUAGUUGAACAUCAGAAGGAGUACGCAGCCAUUAUGAAAGCAGACUGAGAAGAAAGUCACAAGUGCCAUGACACCUGUCUUGAAGGUUCUGUGUCUUUGCUUUGGAAACUUCUGUCAGUUCAUCUUAAUUUCAGGUCCCUGUAGGUUUAAUUUUACUGUGUAUCGUUGACCAAAAUUCUCUAUGAUCUCUUAAUAAAGCCUCAGCAUAUGCAGAUAGAAUUAGUUUCCUGUUUCAAAAAAAAUGAUCUAUCGCUAAGUUGGCCCUAUACAGGCACUACCAUGGAGAAAGAAAUUUCACAUAGGGCAAAGUGAUCUCUAAUAGGGCAGGGCCAGGGGCACCAUUAGUCCCACAGCAAACUUGCUCUUUGAUUCAUUAUCAGCAAUUGAAUGGAAGACUUAUAGUGCAUUAGGAAAUCUAGUGUUUAUUCCCUAGAGGGCUAUAAGUAUUAUUCACUAUGUAUUUGGAAGUUAUUUCAAACUAAAAGGUUGCAAGAAUAUGGAAUACCCCCAUACCUAACAUUUACCUUUUACACUUAAAAUACUUGGGUUUUCAUUUGUAUGCUCCUUUCUUUCUAUUUUAUUUCUUUUUUGGUGGGGGUGGGGGAAAAUCUGGCUGUGCUCAGGACUUACUCUGCACUCAGGAGGGCUUAUUUCUGGAGGGCUCAGGAGAUCAUAUGGGUUGCCAGAGAUCAAAUCUUGGUUAGCUGUGUGCAAGGCAAGCAGCCUACUCAACUGUCUGUCCCUCCAUUUGCAUGUAUUUCUCCCCCUUUAAAUGUCAUAUAAAUAUAUGAAUGUCAUGUAUACGUGCCAUCAACUUACACAUAUUAAUUUAGACUAAAGAGCAGCUACUAAUGUAGAUUCUAGAACUGUCAUAGCACAGAUGAGUUUGAGUAGAAACGUUAGGGACCUUCAGUAAUGUUAAGUUAACAGGUAGAAAAAUAAAACAGCAUGCUUCCAACCAUUGACCAGUAUUCCUGUGGAGGCUUGCCACAGAGUUUGUGGGACAAAGGGCAGUUAGAAUAGAGAGAGGACCAGUAUGACACAGUAUGACAAUAAUAGAAAUGAUCACUCUGGACAAGAACUGAGUGUUGAAGGUAGGUAAAGGGAUAUACACGAUAACCUUCCAGUAUCUGAAUUGCAAACCAUAGUACCCAAAAGGAGUAGAAGAGAGAGAGAGAGAGAGAGAGAGAGAGAGAGAGAGAGAGAGAGAAGAUGCAGGUGAGUGGGUGGGGCAGCAGGAGGAACACUGGGGACAUUGGUGGUAAGAAAUGUAGACUGGUGAAGGGAUGGGUGUUCAAACAUUAUAUGACUGAAACCCAGUCAUGAACAACUUUGUAUCUGUGUCUCUCAUUAUGAUUUAAUAAAAAAAUAAGUAAAUAAAAUUUUUAAAGUAAAAAACAGACUGUGGAUUAUAACAAAACCAACAAACACUCUCCAACAUUCAUUCACACCUUCAUAUACAUAUUUUUUGUCAUUUAAGAGUAAAUGUCAUGAGAACAUAACUUUCACGUAGUACUUUCAGCCAUUCAUAUCCUGUUUUUGUGAAUAACUCAAUAAGACUCUUUAAUGGUAUA